UAUUUUCCAAAACGAACCAAGCAUAUGCUUAUAGUUGAAGCAAAGUUUGAUGGUGAACAGUUGGCUACUGAUCCUGUAGAGCAUACUGAUCAGCCAGAAUUUGCUACAGAAUUGGCUUGGGAACUUGAUAGGAAAGCACUUCAUCAGCACAGGCUGCAGCGUACACCUAUCAAACUCCAGUGUUUUGCAUUUGAUCCUGUAUCUUCAGCUAAAGAGAAUAUAGGCUAUAUUGUACUUGAUUUAAGGGCUGCGCAGGAGAAGAAACAGGCACCGAAAUGGUAUCCACUGCUUAGUAACAAGUACACUAAAUUUAAAUCUGAAAUACAAGUAGGUGUUGUGUUGGAGACUGAUUCAAAAACAUUCGUUGAUGGCUUUAAAGCAAGGGAGGCACCCCCUAGAGAAGGGAAAGCAUCUGCCCUUCUUUCUGGACUAGACCCUAAAAGUGUUGUACCAGUCUUGAAUGAAGAAGAGGGUUAUCAUCAAAUUGGACCAGAAGAGUAUUGCAGAGACUACUUUGUCCUGUCAGUAACCAUUGCAUUUGCCACACAGCUGGAACAGUUAGUUCCUAGUACUAUGAAGCUUCCUGAACGACGACCUGAGUUUUUUUUCUACUACUCAUUACUGGGAAAUGAUGUCACAAAUGAACCUUUCACUGAUUUAAUCAAUCCAAACUUCGAGCCAGAAAGAGCUUCAGUUCGAAUACGUAGUACAACUGAUGUCCUUCAAGUUUAUUUUUGUGCACAGUCAAAAUUGCAGAUCCAUCUUUGCUGUGGGGACCAGUCUCUUGGAAGCACCGAAGUACCCUUGUCUGGACUACUGAAGAAAGGAAAUAUGGAUCAACACCCUGUGGCAGUAGAAGGAGCAUUUGUCCUUAUUCCACCAAACAGAGCUAAACAGAAACUGCCACAGUUGCCUUUGGAUAUGGCUCCUACUGUUGGGGUAUCUAUAAUUCUGCAGAGGGAGAGCUUGAGUUCUCAGCCUUUGAUUCCCUUACAUGCUCCAACUGAACCUAAACAGCCACAGGAGAAAGUUCUUUCACCCAUUAGUGGAAAAACAGAGGGCCUGCAGGAGAGAUCCCAGAAUAUCCCAUCUCAAGCCUCCCACUCCUCUUCAGCAGAAGAUGAAGCAACAGAAAGUGAAGUGGAAAGUCUUAAGUUUGAAAAAGGCACAAGUCUAAAGACAAAAGCUGAUAAAGGUGCAGCGGCUGCAUCUCAGCCCAACCCUGGGAGUGCUUCCAGUUCGUCUGAGCCCAAGUCAGGACAGAAAAUUGUAAUUCCAGCAGCCUCUCACCAUUUUUGCUUUUCAAUAGACUUACGAAGUAUACGCAGUCUGGAAGUUGGUUUUCCUAUAAAUUGUGUUUUAAGGUACUUGUAUCCAUUUUUUGGCAGUGCAGCACCUAUUAUAACAAGUCCACCUGUAGAAGUCAGAAAGAAUAUGGAAGUCUUUCUCCCACAGUCCUGCUGUGCAUUUGACUUUGCAGCUACACCUCAUCAGCUUCAAGAUACAUUUUUCAGAUUACCUCUGCUAGUUGAAUUGUGGCACAAGGAUAAAACAGCAAAAGACUUACUUCUAGGCAUGGCAAGACUUCAGCUGUCAAAUGUUUUAGCUUCAGAAAAAACCCGUUUCUUGGCUGGUAAUGGCGAACAAUGCUGGCGUCAGACUUCUAACGAAACAGUCAGUGUCACAGCAGCACAAGGGUCAGGCAACAGGAUAGCAGAGCUUUCAUAUGCUAUCACUUUGGAAGACUACGGGCUUGUGAAAAUGCAAGAAAUUCUGGUGUCAGAUUCUUCUCAAUGUGCAGGUGCUGGUCAGCAAUGUCGUGUCCCUCAUGUUCAGACUUAUUGUGCUCCACAAAACCAUCCAGGACCUCGAGAAACUCAUGAAUACAAAGCAGCACUGGAGUUAGAAAUGUGGAAAGAAAUGCAAGAGGACAUUUUUGAAAAUGAGCUUAAAAAAAAGGAAACAGCCCAUAUGCAAGCACUUGCAGAAGAAUGGAAAAAAAGAGAUAGAGAGAGAGAAGCAGUAGUAAAGAAAAAGGUAGCAGAAUAUACUGCUUUGGAAGAACAACUUCAGAAAACCUUGAGAGAUCUAGAUAAAAGAGAACGACAGCUUUUCAGUGCUGAAUCAGAGCUUCAUAGAGUAAAGAAGGAGUUGCAAGCAGAGCAUGAACGAAAACUGCAGGAACUACAGGAUUCUAUACGACGAGCCAAAGAAGAAUGUACACACCAAGUUGAGCUAGAAAGGUCAAAAAUCAAACAGCUGGAAGAAGACAAGCUUCGUUUACAUCAGCAGCUUCAUGAAGCAGAAAAUAAGCAUAAGAUUUUGGAGAAGGAGUUCCAGCAAUACAAAGAACAGCAAAGCAGCAAACCAGAAAUCCAGCUACAAUCAGAAAUAAAUCUUCUCACUUUAGAAAAGGUUGAACUUGAAAGAAAGUUAGAGUCAGCUACCAAGUCAAAGCUCCAUUACAAACAACAAUGGACAAGGGCUUUGAAAGAACUUGCAAGGUUAAAACAGCGUGAACAAGAAAAUGCAAUGGCUCACCUUAAAAAACAGCAACAAGAGCUGGAGCACAUGAGAUUGCGCUAUUUGGCAGCAGAAGAAAAAGAACUGGGUAAGACAGACCGGCAAGAGCUGGAGGAUAUCAGAAAUGAACUUAACAGGCUAAAGAAAAAAGAGGAAGAGAGAAAGCAACUGCAAGAGAUUAGAGAUAAUUCUGCUGGUAUAGUGGAUAGUCUUCAUUCUAGAAAAAUAAAUGAGAACAUGGAUGAUUACCUCUCUCGUCUGGUAGAAGAGAGGGAUACCCUGUUGAGAACAGGAGUAUAUAAUCAUGAAGACCAUAUUGUAAGUGAACUUGAUCGUCAAAUCAGAGAAGCUGUUGCAAAAAGGAGCAUCAGUAAGUGA